GGUGAGCGACACGAUUUCUGAGAAGCGCUUACACAUCUUAUGAACACAUUAUCGCACAUUUGUUGACUUAAACCUUGAAAUCGUCUGUGUUAAGCAUUUUGGAGACAUCUGACGGUAUUUUCUCUCACUGAUGCAACACUGAAGUCGAUCAACUAGCAACACAAUGUUUUGGAACGUGUUGUUGUUGUUGUCGGUUUAUGUCUUAACACAUUUUGCUUUCGUGAAUGGUGAUGUUCAAGCGAGAACUUGUGCCCAGAUCCCUGUAAAUGCUAGGCUGUCUUGUGGAAAUGUCAACCAAACAGUUUGUGCCACGCUUGGUUGCUGCUGGAAUGAACGCGAAUUUAAUUCUUCUGUGCAAUGUUUUAAGAAAAGUAACGACAUAUUUCUCAUCAAAAAUACCACAAUUACCUGUGCCUAUUACAAGGGCCAAGUUUGCAAAAAAGCUUUCUCUACAACUCUCUCUCAAUUGAGCCACUUACCAAGACUUCACAACGUGGAAAAUAACCUUGUUGAAGACCCUUUAAAAGCUACAGUGACGAUUAUCAAUAAAACUGUCACGCAUUCCGAAUGCAGAGAAUCGUUGAUUGCCUUGCUGUGCCAUCGCACUAUGCCACCAUGUCACACAAACAACGGCGUUACACAGCUCUGUGUCGGGGUUUGUAAAGAGUUGUUUUCAAAGUGUGGACAUUAUGUGGAUCAACUAGAAACUGCCAUGAAUCGCAUACCGGGUGGAAUGAAGUCCGAACUGUCAUUUCCAGGUUGUUUUGGGGUGAACAGCACCGACCAAAGUGAAGAAGAAAAUGGGACAUGUAUUAAGCUUACCUUGGAUGCAAAACAGCCAAUAAAAGUUCCUACGAUCCAUCCUACAAAAAGGCGCACUCCAGUUUUUGCAGCGAAACUGAAUUUGUUAAUAAUGAUAUUUUCAGAAAUGAUCACUGUAGCGACUGUGAAUGGGGCAAGAGGAGGAUCCUGCAUGCCCUAUCGAGGAAAAGUUUGCCAAGUGUCAUUCAACUCGACCCUCCCAACUUACCGCAACAGUGACCGUUUCUUUGACAACAAAUUCGGCUUGCCAGCCACCGAAGAAUUUCUUUUCAGGGGUCUACAAAUAAUCAACACGCUUGUGAAGGACGACGAAAAGUGCAGAUACAUCUUAAUAAAUAUGCUUUGUCAUUAUACUGUGCCUCCAUGUUACUCGGAUGGCACAGACAUAGAGUACUGUAGGGAGGACUGUGCGGCCAUUUUCAAGGAAUGUAGCGCCCCCCUGAAUCAAGUGAUUGGUGCCGUGACGUUGCAUGUGGCAGCGGAAAAGAUUGAUUUUAUACAUACAAGUCUACCGAACUGUUCCGGGCACCAUAAGGAAGGACAUUUUGAAGACAAACCAGGAAAGAUCUGUAUCAAGACAGGCUUUUUCAAUUACACGGAGACCACGAUGGGUGCAAACACUGAGAAACCAACCCCACAACCUGGUAGUAAACUGGUAAUUAUCCUUCCAAUUGUCAUAGUUGGCCUUUGCAUUAUUUUGCUAUGUGUCAUCGUGGUCGUUCUUCUUCGAAGACGUCAGAAAUUGAGGGACGCUGUGGAUAAUGGGCAUGCGCUAUCCCACAAAGGUUCCAUCACCAUGAGGGACAGGUUACGAGCGGAGUCCCUGAAGAGCCUGGACUCGCGCUUGUUGGGACUUUAUGACCCGAAAAAACUGAGGCAAUACAAUUUGGACCAUGUACAGUACGUGAAAGAUUUGGGAGAAGGUUUCUUUGGAAAAGUUUUUCAAGGUCGCGCUUCGGGUCUGAAUGAUAAGCAACCCAAAAAGAUUAUUUCUGUGGCGGUGAAGGCGCUGAAGGACGAAGCGUCCAAGGAACAGAAAGAAGAGUUUUACCGAGAAGUAACUCUGAUGUCCAUUCUUACACACCCAAAUAUUGUUCAGCUUCUAGCUGUGUCAACCGAGGAGGAACCUUAUGGAAUGCUGUUUGAGUUCAUGAGUGGCGGGGAUUUGAAGCAAUAUUUGAGGAAUGCACUACCAGUGGAAACAUCGCUUGAAUCCAGCGAGAAAGGGAAAGUUUAUCUCUCUCAAGAAUCCCUUGUGUCUGCCGCAACCCAGAUCGCUGCUGGCAUGCAUUAUUUAGCCGAGAUGAAAUUUGUUCAUAGGGAUUUGGCGACUAGGAACUGUUUAGUUGGAGAUGACUUCGUUGUGAAGAUUGGAGAUUUUGGAAUGUCACGUGAUAUUUAUACUACAGAUUACUAUAAGUUGCCCAUCCGCUGG